AAAAGCCCCUCACCCGAAAUCACAUCCUAGUGAGUUGAGAUCAAAGAAAAAAAGCUCUCCAUGAACGUAACCUUUCUCUUCUCCCUCCCUCCAUGAUUUCAACAUGAUCAUAAAGAAAGAGUGACCAGUAAUAAAACCAUUCCCACACAACGCAGCUUAGCAGCCUCCCUCAAGCCUCCACCAACACAAAGAAGCAACUCUGCAAGCAAAGAAACCCAACCAGCCAGCAACCUCCAAGAAGAGCUAGCUCUCGCCUUGCACCAGCCAUGAGCAAGGACUGCGGCAAGCACGCGGAGGACGACCUCCGGCAGACGUGCCGGCGCCUGCUGUGCCUCCUCUUCGGCCUGGCCGUCAUCGUGGCCGUCAUCGCGCUCAUCGUCUACCUCGUCCUCCGCCCGACCCACCCGCGCUUCUUCCUCCAGGACGCCACGCUGCGGCAGCUCGACCUCUCCAACGGCUCCGCGCCGCUCCUCUCCACGGCAGUCCAGGUCACCAUCGCCUCCCGCAACCCCAACGGCCGCGUCGGCGUCUACUACGACCGCCUCGACGUCUACGCGUCCUACAAGUACCAGCAGAUCACGCUCGCUUCCCGGCUCCCGCCGGUGUACCAGGGCCACGGAGACGUCGACGUCUGGUCGCCGGUGCUCAAGGGCCCCAACGUCCCCUUCGCGCCCUUCCUCGCCAAAGCGCUCGGAAAGGAUGUCGCCGCGGGGUACCUCAUCAUGCAGGUCAGGAUCGACGGCCGCGUCCGGUGGAAGGUCGGCAGCUGGACCUCCGGCCACUACCACAUCUACGUCACAUGCCCGGCUUUCUUCAUCAGCAGCGGCGGCAACGGCGUGCUAGGGGCCAACGGGCUCAGGUUUCAGACGGCGACCUACUGCCGCGUCGAGGUCUAGCAUGCUCUGCUCUGCUCCGGCGAGGUAGGUUGCUUUCUUGCGUGUGGCGCGUGGAUGGGUGCAUAGCGGAAGAGAAGGGGCGGUAAGUGGUAAACUGUAAUAAGGGUGUUAUGGAGGGGUGUAGAGGUAAAAAGAAUGGGAAAAU